UUCAAAAUAAGCGUUUCAAAGGAAACUUUAUUAUUAAAAAAUAAAAUAAAAACAAAUUCUGACGGCGAUUCUUUCUUUUAACUUACACUAUUUCGCCUGUCUCAGGUAAUUGAGUUCCGACGAUAUUUGAACAGUGAAUUUUUGUUAUUUUCCAAAUAAUGGACGACGAUUACGACGACGAGAGAGGAUGGGGAGAAAACGACAUGGGAGACGAUUCCGAUGUCGGGGAAGAGGCGAUGGACAACCCUCAAGAGGUGCUCAAAGAGUGCCUGGAAAAGUUCAGCACACCAGAUUAUAUCAUGGAGCCAGGGAUUUUCUCCCAGCUGAAACGGUAUUUUCAAGCUGGGGGUAUACCUGAACAAGUAAUUGAACUUCUUUCUCAUAAUUACAAGGCUGUAGCUCAAAUGGCCAACUUGGUUGCCGAAUGGUUGAUUAUCGGCGGGGUAAAAGUCAAUAAUGUUCAAGCGAUGGUAGAAAACCAUCUUAAAGAGAUGAUCUUGAAAACGUUUGAUCCAAAAAAGGCCGAUACAAUUUUCACAGAGGAGGGAGAAACUCCCGCCUGGUUAACCGAGAUGAUAGAGCAUCCCACUUGGCGGUCGCUAAUUUACAGACUCGCCGAAGAAUAUCCGGAUUGUCUUAUGCUGAAUUUCACAAUUAAACUUAUAUCGGACGCAGGUUUCCAAGGCGAGAUCACAAGUAUAUCAACAGCAGCGCAGCAAAUUGAAGUAUUUUCUAGGGUUUUAAAAACGGCAAUUUCCGGUUUUUUGCUCACAACUGACGACUGGCAAAAAAACAUUGAUGAAUGUGCAAAAAUGGUCUGUCAUGGUCAGCACACGUAUGUAUACAGUCAAGUACUUCUCCAUGUGCUCUCUAGGGAAACAAAAGGUGGCUCAAUAAUGAAAAGGCUAGCCCAAGAAAUAACAAAAUGUGCCCAGCAGCAGCAUGAUGUGACACCGAUCACAAUGUCCCUUAAUGGUGCGGCAAGCUUUCCUCAAGCAUGCCAAGCGCUUUCUUCAAUGUUGGCUAGAAACGCAUUAAACCCUGCAGACAUCACUGUUCUCUAUCGUAACUAUAAUGCGCCAGAUCCUCCACCUAUUGAUCUAAUCCGAAUCCCCCAGUUUUUAGAGUUAGUAGUCGAUGCUUUAUUUCGGCCUGGAAUGAAACUGAACCCCGAGCACAAACCGAAGUACGUUUAUCUGCUUGCUUAUGCCACAAGCGUCAGUGAGACUCUGCCCACUAAAAAGACAGCAGGCGCAAAAAGAACUUUGAACAAAGACGAGCUAAAAGCGACGACGCACGCAAUCGACAAAGUCCACAACAUUUGUUCAACAAGCAAAGGCUCUGCAGAACUAAUUGCUGAGCUGUCUACAAUCUACAACUGCAUUAAGUUUCCAGUUGUCUCAAUUGGAAUUGUUAGAUGGGUCGAGUAUACUGUCAUGGAGCCGUCGUAUUUUAAACUGAGCACCGAACACACACCGAUUCAUUUAGCCCUCUUGGACGAAGUUGUCACAAAUCACCCCUUGCUACACCACACAGUCCUAUCCUUGUUUAUAAGGCUAUUUGAAUCAAAACAAGACGAACUUGAAAUUCUCGUGCAGCUUGAAAUGAAGAAAAUGUUGCUGGAAAGAAUGGUCAACCUUCUGAGUCGUGGCUGUGUCGUCCCAGUUGUCAAAUAUAUAAAACAAUGUUGGCACAGGGGUGAUACUGAUAUUUCUCUUAUCCGUUAUUUCGUUACAGAGGUUUUGGAAGCAAUCGCUCCUCCUUAUACAUUAGAAUUUGUCCAACUUUUCCUCCCCAUAGUUGAAAAUGAAGAGAUCACUGGGAACAUGAGGAGCGACUCAGAUUCAGACCCUGUCUCAGAGUUUAUCGUCCAUUGCAAAACUAACUACCCUUCAGCAUGAAAAUAAGGUUUCCAGGAUGAGUUAAGAAAAUUGAGCAAUAUUUAAUACCAAGAGAGGCCAUCAUUUCAUUUUUUUAACUGUGUAAGAGCCACACGAAGCUUAGCUGUGAUACGUCUGCAGGCUCCUAGGGGAAAAAAAAUUGAUAAGAGAUUGAAGAAUAAAAGUAAGGACAGUUUCAGUUUCUUUGUAAUAACUAUGUUUAACAUUAGACCUAUUUGUAUUAUGGAAUAUAAGAAAAUAAAAAAAAUAUUUUAUA